CGGAUGGGGUCGGCGAUCUAAUGACAAACAGAAAUCUGGAAGUCUUAUCGUGAAGAUGUGGACGUUCUUUAAUGGUGUCGACUUGUUCAGCAAGACAAAAGAUAUCGGAAGUAAAGCGACAUCUAUAGUGAAAGAGAUGCCGUUUCCAUCGACCUUUGACAUAGACCUUGGUCUUCUGUCCGUCAUGGUAAAAUCCACAGAAGGACUGAACGCCAACUUCCAUUUCCCUGCCACAGGAGCUGUACAGAAUGCUCAAGCAACCGGAUCUUACGGGGGUUUAGUUUAUGCCUACUCCACUUCCGGUAUAAAAUUGUGGCAGCCGCCACGUAGCCAUGGUUACCUUAUAUAUGUCAACCAUAUUUUGGGAGGAGGUGCCUUCACACAAGGUUCCAACUCAGCACAGUUGGUGGUCCAAGCCUGGAAUGCGUAUACAAUCUGUCCAACCACUGUAGCAACGUCUUCAACCAUUGCGUCUCCUACCACAUCUGUACAGCCUCCUAGUAAUAUGACAGCGGUAUCUGGAGGACAAAGUACAUCCAGUCUUGUUGGGCAGUCCUCUAAAAUACAUAAUAACCCUCCAGUGGGGCAGUCCAUUAAAACAAAUAGUAACCCUCCUGUGGGGCAGUCCACUAAAACCAACACUCCUUUCACAACCAAGCAAAGAGGGAGCUCGGGAGUAACCAUGGCUACAAGCACAAAGUCGAACGUGGUGGCAAUGAAGGGACGUGAUACCAGCAAUAAUGACCCAACACACGACCAGUUCCAAGGACUCACUGUAGAUCUACCGUGGUGGGCCUUGGGCGUAGCUGGCGGUGUGACGUUACUCUUGGUGAUCGGCAGUAUCAGUGGACUCAUCCAAUGUAUACAACGGGCCAAGGGCAAGGGCAAAGUGGAGGUUAAGGACAGAGAUUCACGUGUCCGGACCAAGGGCAAAAUAAGAAAGGAGGCUAAGAUACAUGCAUGGGAAAUUUAGAUAAAAACGAACGACUUCUUUCCGGGAGAAAUCAUUUUAUAAUAGCGUAGCAGGUAAAGGCUUUCCUUGUACAGUGUACAUAUGUUUACUGCUUCCAUUCACCGUCGGGAUUUCGCCGACACCCACUGACCUAACUACAUGGCGGCCAUCUGGACAAUAGCACUACUACAUGACGACAGAUUGGCUGCUUUGUUAAAAAUUAUACUUUAUUUCUGUUAGACUUAAACGAUCUGCAAGAAUUUUGAAAUCGACCAUUUGAAAAGUGUAUAAAGAAUAUAGACUUAAUUUGUCGUUCAAAGCUUAGUAAUAGUACACAUAUGCAUAAAGAUUUUUAUAUAAAUAUAAUCGGAAAUAACAUUGUGUCAUCCCCUGGAAAGCAACUUGUAAUUAAUCGUCACGCUUUUACAGCAAUUUUUUCCAAAUACUUGUAAUUCUUUAAGAUAUUUUGCACUUAAAAAAACUAUUUUUGAAAUUUUCC